UUGAUUGGAAAAUGCAGAGAAAACUCUAAGAAAAGAGGAAAAUUGUGUGAACUACAAGCCAAAGUAAGCCAAGGAAAUGCGAAGAUGACAAAGGUGCCAAAAGUAGCCCUCACUUUAAAGCAGUUUAUGCUGCGGCAAGAAGUCUUGAAGCUAUACCGGGAAAUUUUUCGCACCAUUCGCCAAGUGCCGGACAAACACAGCCAGGCAGAACUGCGGGCCUGGGCACGGCACGACUUCCAGACGAACCGUUCCCAGAGCGACGAGGUGGCCAUCAAGAUGCUGAUGCAGCACGGGCGAAGGAGCCUGACUGAGCUGAAGACCAGCCUGCAGCUGAGCGGAGUGAAAGAGGAGGGAAAGUGAGGAAAAUGCCUGUUGACUUUAUUUUUGAGCUCGACAACAAUACGAAAAUAAAUACGAGGUAAAACUAA